UGCUUUAGCCGCCGCCAUUAGAGGAUUCGGGAGUCUGGGGUUGCAGAUCCCCCCGGCUGCGCCGAGUGGGAGCGCCCGCGGCCAAGCGAGCUAGCUAGGCCGGGAGAGACCAUGUCCUGAGCGGGGACCCGCAGCCUGCGGGGCGGGGGUGUGGGGGCGCGGGGGCCUGCUUGCACGAGUAAGUGUCUGAGGGACGGAUCCGGGAGCAGCGGCAGAGCAGGCGGCGCGCGGGAGAUAGUUGUCACAUAGUGUCAUCCAUCCCAUUUUGCAGUUUGAGGAGGGCAAGCUCUGCGCCAGCAUGGAGACAGAAUUUCCUCUUCAUUAGAGAGAAAACUUUCUGCCCAACACAACUUACUUCAAGAAGUGCACGAUGACAGAACGUGGAAUUAAAUGGGCUUGUGAGUAUUGUACAUAUGAAAAUUGGCCAUCUGCAAUUAAGUGUACCAUGUGUCGUGCUCAGAGGCCUAGUGGAACAAUUAUUACAGAAGAUCCAUUCAAAAGUGGUUCAAGUGAAGUCGGUAGAGAUUGGGAUCCUACAAGCAUUGAAGGAGGAAGCAGCCCUUUGAUAUGUCCAGAUUCCAGUGCAAGACCAAGGGUUAAAUCUUCUUACAGUAUGGAAAGUGCAAAUAAAUGGUCAUGCCACAUGUGCACGUACUUGAACUGGCCAAGAGCGAUAAGAUGUACUCAGUGCUUGUCCCAGCGUAGGACCAGGAGCCCCACAGAAUCUCCUCAGUCUUCAGGGUCUGGUUCAAGAUCAGUCCCCUUUUCUGUUGAUCCUUGUGAAGAGUACAAUGAUAGAAAUAAACUGAACACGAGGGUACAGCACUGGACUUGUUCUGUAUGUACAUAUGAAAACUGGGCUAAAGCCAAGAAAUGUGUGGUAUGUGAUCAUCCCAGACCUAACAACAUUGAAGCAAUAGAACUGGCAGACACAGAAGAGGCUUCUUCAAUCAUAAAUGAGCAAGACAGAGCUCGAUGGAGAGGAAGCUGCAGUAGCGGUAAUAGCCAAAGAAGAUCUCCUCCUACAACCAAACGUGAAUCAGAAGUGAAAAUGGACUUCCAAAGAAUUGAAUUGGCUGGAGCUGUUGGCAGCAAAGAGGAACUUGAAGUUGACUUCAAAAAACUAAAGCAAAUAAAAAAUAGAAUGAAAAAGACUGAUUGGCUAUUUCUAAAUGCUUGUGUGGGUCUCAUGAUGAAGAUUUCAUGGAUUUUCCCCUGUGAUACUUCUUUAAAAGGAGUUGUAGAAGGUGAUUUAGCUGCUGUUGAAGCAUUUAAGUCAUCAGGAGGAGAUAUUGCACGCCAGCUUACAGCAGAUGAAGUACGCCUGCUAAAUCGCCCUUCUGCUUUUGAUGUGGGAUACACACUUGUACAUCUGGCUAUACGUUUUCAGAGGCAGAAUAUGCUAGCAAUUUUGCUUACAGAGGUAUCACAACAUGCGGCAAAGUGCAUUCCAGCAAUGGUGUGUCCAGAGCUUACAGAACAAAUCCGACGUGAAAUUGCUGCGUCUCUUCAUCAACGAAAGGGAGAUUUUGCUUGCUAUUUUUUAACUGACCUCGUAACAUUUACAUUACCUGCAGAUAUUGAAGACUUACCACAAACAGUCCAAGAGAAGUUAUUUGAUGAAGUACUUGACAGGGAUGUUCAGAAAGAACUAGAAGAGGAAUCUCCCAUUAUAAACUGGUCUUUGGAAUUGGGUACGCGUUUGGAUAGUAGACUAUAUGCACUUUGGAAUCGGACUGCAGGGGACUGCCUGCUUGAUUCAGUACUACAAGCUACUUGGGGCAUUUAUGACAAGGAUUCGGUGCUACGAAAAGCUCUUCAUGACAGUUUACAUGACUGUUCACAUUGGUUUUAUACCCGUUGGAAAGAGUGGGAGUCAUGGUACUCCCAAAGCUUUGGUUUACACUUCUCACUGCGAGAGGAACAGUGGCAGGAAGAUUGGGCGUUUAUACUCUCUCUUGCUAGUCAGCCUGGAGCAAGUUUGGAGCAGACACACAUUUUUGUACUUGCGCACAUUCUUAGAAGACCAAUUAUAGUUUAUGGAGUAAAGUAUUAUAAGAGUUUCCGGGGAGAAACGUUAGGAUAUACCCGUUUUCAAGGUGUAUAUUUACCUUUGUUAUGGGAACAGAGUUUUUGCUGGAAAAGUCCUAUUGCUCUGGGCUAUACAAGGGGCCACUUCUCUGCUCUGGUUGCCAUGGAGAAUGAUGGUUAUGGCAAUCGAGGUGCUGGUGCUAACUUGAACACUGACGAUGAUGUUACCAUUACUUUUUUACCAUUGGUCGACAGUGAGAGGAAAUUACUGCAUAUUCACUUCCUUUCUGCUCAAGAGAUAGGUAAUGAGGAGCAGCAAGAAAAGCUGCUCAGAGAGUGGCUAGACUGCUGUGUGACAGAGGGUGGAGUCUUUGUUGCUAUGCAGAAAAGCUCUCGUCGCCGCAAUCAUCCCCUGGUCACACAAAUGGUAGAGAAGUGGCUUGACCGUUACCGACAGAUUCGCCCUUGUACAUCCCUUUCUGAUGGUGAGGAAGAUGAAGACGAUGAUGAUGAAUGAUGAAAUUAAAAAAUAAAGUAUCAGUGCAUAGUGUCUGAUGACCCCGAAGUUAGAGUUGUGCUCUAGCAGUUUAUGAAUUGACUUAAAUCUAGCAGAAGCAUGCUGAAAGGAUUUUACUUACCAGCAUGGGGAGAGUCUAGAGGUUCAUCUGCUGUGUGAAGAGAGCUAAAUUGGUUGGACUACAGCUUGUAAAAACAAAAAACUAAUUUUAUUAUCAAGACAAAACAUUUGUUUCUUUCCAGUUGCAAAUCUGUCUAUAAAUGUAUCGCAUGUGGUUGUGUAAGAAGUUGUGUAAUAGGA